AAAAAACCCAUAAGCCUCGAAGAAAAAUUGCAAAAUGUCCCACCAGGAAUGCUGAGGUACCAAUGGGAAGAUGCGACUCGAUUUUGGAAUUCGAAGAAAGGAGAGGACCGUGAGCGAGUUGGAACAAGCAGCAGGCAAAAACAAAAAUUUACUCACACGGCAGGGUCGAAAAGUUUUGCUUGUGUAGCUCAGGCCGAGGAAGCCUCGUCUGGUCAAAAAGUUGGACGCCUUCAACUUCUUGACAUUACGCAUGAGAAAAAGAUGGAACUCCGAUGUCAUCUGAGGCUGCAGAAAUUAUGUCAAAGUCAAGUCAAGUUCGAGGUUAAAAGAUCGAUAGUUCAGAUACAAGCUAGCACAGAUGAGCAAAUUUCUCAACUUAGAGCGGAGGGAGCAGCGAGGGAGGCGGAGCAGAACAGGAAAUACAAUGAACUCCAGCAGCAGCUUCAGUCUAUGAUGACUAUGUUCCACCAAUUUCAAAAUCCGCCAUCAUAG